GCUCAUGGAACGGAUGACCGUAAUCUACAGAUUCUGUGGACAUUCCUUGCAGCUUUGAGCAAUAAACAGGGCCGGCGGGAAUUCGUACGGAUUCUUGGCUUCGGCUCGACGGAGGAUGAGCAGCAACGAAUUACCAAAGAGUCGCGAGAAUCAAGAACCUCAGUGACGUCGAACGAAGUUACGCAACUAACGAAUAUCAUGUCACCUGUGAGCUACUCUUCGCCAAGGGAUAGCAGUGCAUACAAUAAAGUUAAAUGUUACAAAAAUCGUACAGGGACUGGGCAAGACAGUGAGAGAGAAGAGAGGAAAUCUUUAGAGAUUGGGACGGAAAGGAGCGAC